AAUUUAAGCAGAUCCAACUAUCUGAAUUUGAAGCUUCUAUCCUUUUUCUUUAGUAAAGUUGUUUGCGCCUGCUAACAUGACUGUUUCUUUAGGGUUACCACACCCUCAUUUAUUCAAGUUACCACAAGGAGAUAUUGCAACCCCUCAAUCACCAUUUGAAAGUGAAAUUUUGAGUUAUGUCUUUGAUAAAUCAAUGAAUGUUAGUACUCCAUUGAGUAUUGCAAUUGUUUAUUUUUCAUUUGUUCAUUUCAUUAAUCCAUGCAUUCGUCAACGUCAAAUGAAUUUGUAUAAUCAAACAGUUAAAGAUAAAUCUUUGAUGAUGAACGAUUAUAAUACUUUAACUAAACAACAACGUAGAUUAUUACGUGCAGCACCAUUUAAAAUUGCAACUUUUACAAUUUUCAAAAUCUUUGUAUUAAUUCAUAAUGUAUUUUUAUGCUUAUAUUCAGUUUGGACUUUUAUUGGUAUGACAAGAACUAUUUCCUUAACCAUGAAAUUAUUAAAUGAUCAGGGCUUAACCGAAAAUUAUUCUUUGGUUGGGAAAUUUUUCACUAGUGUUUGUGAUUUGAAUCAUGGUGUUUUCAAUGAAAACUUACCUUAUACUAAUUUAACUGUUUUUGGUUGGUUUUUCUAUAUAUCUAAAUUUUAUGAAGUUUUAGAUACUAUUAUAAUCUUAUUAAAGGGUAAGCCUUCUUCCUUGUUACAAAGUUAUCAUCACGCCGGUGCAAUGAUGUGUAUGUGGGCUGGUAUUAGAUUUCAAUCUCCUCCGAUUUGGAUCUUUGUUGUUUUCAAUUCCUUUAUUCAUUCUUUGAUGUAUUUCUAUUUUUCUUUAAGUUGUUUACAAAUUAGAGUGGCUAACAUUUGUAAAAGAAUCUUAACUUCAAUGCAAAUUAGUCAAUUCAUCAUUGGUGGCUCUUUAGCUGUGGUUCAUGCAUUUAUUUGGUUUAAAGAUUUAAAUACUAAUCAAUCUUGUAAUUGUAUUGGUACUUCGGAUCAAGCCUUACCUUUAAUCAUAAACGUCAGUUACUUGACUCCAUUGACUGCGUUGUUUGCUGCUUUCUACAUUGAAAGUUACAUCAAAAACAAUAAAUCAAAAUCGAAAUCAAAUUAA